GGGGGGGGGCUUUAGGGCCACAACACACGGGUGGGGCUACUCUCAGCCCCAGGCACAACGUGCAGUGUGAAACCCACCCCUGAGCACCCGAAUCUCCGCGCUCUGCUGAGCAGCUCCGGGCUUUUGGGGCACUGCCAUGCACUCCUUUCAGUGGCAGUAUUCCUCCAGAACGAGUUGGGGGGGAGGCUGGGGCAGGCAAUCAAGCUGAUCCCACAGCACGUGAAAAGCUCUUGGUGUAUACACAGCAUUUUUCCCAGGGAGUUCGCUUCUUCUGCAGGUCAAUGUGUUAAUUAAAAGUCGGUCCAGGUUGGUCAUCUGCAGUCCCAGAUGUGCCAUCAAUGUACAAGGAAAAUCUUUUUUUUUUUCUUCUCUUUUUGAAGGUAUCCUAAUGCACAAACUCUGUAGAAAGCCCCUUUUGCUCCUUACUGUUAACUAGCAGCUACACAGCAAAAUCAUUAGAGAUAUAAUCAAGUGUGGGUCUCUUUUUGAAGCGUCCUGCCAAAUAGCCCCAAAAUGUGAUGCAGUAAUUUGAUUUUUUUUUCCUUUCCUUUGGCACUACGUGUUCUAGCGGUGCCUUCCCCUCCAUUUCCCACCCCAUGUAUAUUAAACAGCGAGAGAACAUCUCUCCAUUGUCGACGAUGACCCGAAAUUUUGCUGGAAUAUCUCGUUUCUCGGUGUAAAAUUGCAAAGUGGGUCUCUCUCUAAAAUUCGCUAUAUUGGUUUUUAUAAUUACCUCGUGGUCCAAACUUUUGCACAGCCUAUUAAAAAAGGGGGAUAAAAAAAGAGAAAGAAAGAAAGAAAAAAAAAAAAAGAAAAAGAAAAAAAAAAUAAAAACAGAAAGCCCCCGUGCCAUCCGCAGGAUUCACCCUUUCCUCGGGAGCACCCACCGCAAAGCACCGGGGCCCCGUGCAGCUCUCCCAUUGCAGCGCGAUGCUGCUCGGAUCGGGAUUAUCUUUGUGAUUUCUUUCUUUUCGUCUUCGUACGAUACAGAAGGUGAAUAAUGAAAUCUCCUCGCUAAUAGUUUAUGAGCCAUGAGAUUGGAAACGUGCGCGGACAGAGCAGGGCGUCGGGCAGAAGGGAACGCAGGGCAGCAGGGCUCGGGUUGCGGCAGCGGGCAUUGCGGAGCCGGGCCGGGCCGUUCGUGGCACCGCCCCGCAGCCGCUCCUCUCGCUGCCGCCGGGAGAGGGGAGCGCGGCGCGUCCCGGAGCUGCGGGAGGCGCAGGGCUGUGCUCCCCGGGACAGGACGGCAGGUCAGAGCGGGCAGGGAAGAAAAUCUCGGUGCCGCGGUUGGAUCUCUGUCUCCUGGCACGCAAACCCUCAGUAGGCAGGGAGCGAUCAGCGAGAGGGGAGACCCAAAAUUGCCGAUACUCAGACAAAAUACGGGGAGAGGGCUGAGCGUAGCCUGCCCCGAGGGACCCUGCCCGACGGCUGCCCCGGCAAGGCCGGGCUCCUCCGUGCUGAUCUCAGCCGGGGGGAGCACUGCGCUCGCUCCUACCCCUCAGUGCGACUCUGUGUGGGCUGAGGGGAACCCCAAGCGAAGCGCUUUCGGGGCACUGCCUAAAGCUGCGGACAAACACUUUUCCCCUUUCCCUUCCUCCUUCCUGAAGUAUCCCUCAAAUAACUCCAGUCUGGUUUGUUUUUUCCUAUUCCCCCUCUUGCUUUCCAAGUCAAGAAAGCCGCUUGCCCGCCUCAUCCACGUCCAUCCGGGAUAGCGUGGACCCCCCUCUUCGUCCUCCAAAAAAUAAUAAAAAAAAAAAUUAAAAAAAAAAAAGGAACACCCUCAAACGCCUCAUAUUUCCAGUUCAGAGUUAAAGUCGGCAUUAAUCCGGGUCAGUUCCUGCCCCCGAUUUGAAGGAGGGAGGGUGUAAUGUAUGGGCUGUGGGGGGAAAACAGAAAGCAGAGCCCCAAAUAAACAAACAAACAAAAAUCUCGCGCACAAUCAAAGUGAACUCAAAUUCCUCUCUGCACACCCACAACUUUCGCUCUGGCCGCUGCCUGGGGGGGUUUAAUCUCGCAAAGAGAAAGGGGGGCUCCCUGCGCAAAAUUACGCCUUCUCCUCUCAUUUGUUCGCUGAUUCCAUCAAAAAGUUCGCUAUUUAUAGGCUACACACCCGAACGUGGAGCGAUACAAACCCUCCCGCGUUGUUCCCCUCACAAAGCGGCCGGUCCUGGAGCAUCUGCUCGGGGUUGUGCGUGCGCGAGAGGCAGCGGAGAGCGCUCCACCAGAGCGGGCCGAGAGGAGCUCCAGCUGCGAGACUCAUUAAUUGCCGCGAGCCGCUCCACACAGCCAUGCUUCUCUGCAGAAUGUCAAGCAAAGAUCGACACAUUGAUUCUAGCUGUUCGUCGUACAUCAAGACGGAGCCGUCGAGCCCUGCCUCUCUGACGGACAGCAUCAACCAUCACAGCCCCGGUGGCUCCUCAGACGCCAGCGGGAGCUACAGUUCCACCAUGAAUGGACAUCAGAAUGGGCUGGACUCACCUCCCCUCUACCCUUCAGCCACGGGGCUUGGGGGCAACGGGCCCGUCAGGAAACGGUACGAUGACUGCUCCAGUACCAUCGCUGAAGAUUCACAGACCAAAUGUGAAUAUAUGCUGAACUCGAUGCCCAAAAGACUGUGUUUGGUGUGCGGUGACAUUGCAUCAGGGUACCACUAUGGAGUGGCUUCCUGCGAGGCCUGCAAGGCUUUCUUCAAGAGGACAAUUCAAGGUAACAUAGAAUACAGCUGCCCAGCAACAAACGAAUGUGAAAUCACAAAGCGCAGACGCAAGUCCUGCCAAGCCUGCCGCUUCAUGAAGUGUCUAAAAGUUGGCAUGCUGAAAGAAGGUGUCCGCCUAGAUAGAGUACGUGGAGGUCGCCAGAAGUACAAGCGCAGAAUAGAUGCAGAGAAUAGCCCAUACCUGAACCCUCAGCUAGUUCAGCCAGCAAAAAAGCCAUAUAACAAGAUUGUCUCCCAUUUGCUGGUGGCUGAACCAGAGAAGAUCUAUGCGAUGCCUGACCCCACUGUUCCAGACAGUGACAUCAAAGCACUUACCACUCUUUGUGACCUGGCAGACAGAGAACUGGUGGUGAUCAUUGGAUGGGCUAAGCAUAUUCCAGGAUUCUCUACUUUGUCUCUAGCUGACCAGAUGAGCCUUCUGCAGAGUGCUUGGAUGGAGAUUUUGAUUCUCGGUGUUGUAUACCGGUCACUUUCUUUUGAGGAUGAGCUUGUUUAUGCUGAAGACUAUAUUAUGGAUGAAGACCAGUCCAAAUUGGCAGGCCUUCUUGACCUUAACAAUGCCAUACUGCAGCUGGUAAAGAAAUACAAGAGCAUGAAGCUGGAGAAAGAAGAGUUUGUCACCCUCAAAGCUAUAGCACUUGCUAAUUCAGACUCAAUGCACAUAGAGGACGUUGAGGCAGUGCAGAAACUUCAGGACGUCUUACACGAGGCUCUGCAGGAUUACGAGGCCGGACAGCACAUGGAAGACCCGCGUCGUGCCGGCAAGAUGCUGAUGACUCUCCCACUUCUGAGGCAAACCUCCACCAAGGCUGUGCAGCAUUUCUACAACAUCAAACUGGAAGGCAAAGUCCCCAUGCACAAACUUUUUUUGGAAAUGCUGGAGGCCAAGGUCUGACUAAAGCAUCAUGGGCUUUCCCAUCAUGCACGUUUUAAAAGAAAAAAAAAAAAGGGAAAAUAAACAGGAUAAUAAUGGCAAAGAAACUUAGUGUUUAAUUAAGGAAAAAAAAAAUGACUGCACUGAUAUUUAGCAGCAAGACUGUGAAGCAGCUUUCAACUUUUUCUUCUGUGUCUUUCUGAUGCAGUUUUUCCUUUCCUUUUCCUUUUCUCUCUUUUCCUUUCUGUUCUUUCCUUUCCUUUUUCCUUUUCUCUUUUUCCUUUGCUGCUGAACUUUUUAAAAGAGGUCUCUAAUUGAAGAGAGAUGGAAGCCAGGCCUGCCAAAGGAUGGAAAUCCAUAAUAUGGAUGCCAGUGAACUUAUUAUGAACCAUAAUGUCCCCAAUGACAAAGGAAUCAAAGAGAGAACCACCGUACCUAGCAGUACAGUACAACACGAUGAACUGACUGAAUGCAGUAUUAGAUUUCAUAGGAGCAGUCUCUAAUUAGACGACUAAGCGACGAUGCAUCGGCUGCUUCUUAUCAUUGCAUUUUCCAUCUAGAUCAGUUACAGCCAUUUGAUUCCUUAAUUGUUUUUUCGAGUCUUCCAGAUAUUUCUUAGGUUAGCUACAAUGUAACUUUUUCAGGGAAUAGUUUAAGCUUUAUUCAUUCAUGCAAUACUAAAGAGAAAGAAAUACUGCAUUUUUGUGCUGGCUUGAACAAUGAUGAACAAUAAUGAAGGACAAAUGAAUCCUGAAGGAAGAUUUUUUUAAAUGUUUUGUUUCUUCUUACUAACGGAGAUUUUUUUGUACCAGCUUUACCAGUUUUCAGCCAUUUAUUAAUGUGGGAAUUUAUCUUACUAAAGCAAUAGUUGAAGGGAAGGUGCAUAUUAUCACGGAUGCAAUUUAUGUUGUGUGCCAGUCUGGUCCAAAACAUCCAGUUUCUUAACAUGAGCUCCAGUUUAUAACUAAAUGUUCACUGACUCAAAGGAUUAGAUUACACCUACAGUAUAUCUGAGUAGUCUAGCAUAUAAAUACGCCAUGUCAAAUACCAAUCUAUAAAGGUGUUAGGAGACAGCGACUGUACAGAGGUAUAGUUGCUACGUGAUUUCUAACUGCUUCAGUUGUCGAUGAAUGAGAUACUGCCUGUUUGCAAAAUUAUAACCUUACACACAGAGAAACCCUCAGUAGCUUAGAGGCAAUAAGGCAAACGCCAACGUCUGCAAAAUUAAGAAAUCAGAGUAGUAGCCUUCUGACCAAAUUCAACGAUUUAACACUUCUGUACCUUAUUUAUUAAUUUAGAUUUUACUUUGUAAAUUGCGAUUGUUAACAAGUAGCUAAACCAGUAUACGUGCUUUUCAACCAGUAUUGUCACAGCAUGGAAGUCAGUCAGUUUCAAGACUGUUAAGAGGUGUAAUCUAAUGUAUAAACCGAUUAGAUGCCCCCAGAAAACUACAGUCGCUGAAUAACCAAUAAACAGUAACCUCCAUCAAACGCUAUACCAAUGUACCAGUGUUAGUAGCUGCUCCCUGUACUAUGUGAACAUCCUUAUUCUAUGUACACAGAUGUAAUUAAAAUUGUAAUCCUAACAAACAAAAGAAAUGUAGUUCAGCUUUUCAAUGUUUCAUGUUUGCUGUGCUUUUCUGAAUUUUUAUGUUGCAUUCAAAGACUGUUGUCUUGUUCUUCUUGUGGUGUUUGGAUUCUUGUGGUGUGUGCUUAUAGACACAGGGUAGAAUUAGAGACAAUAUUGGAUGUACAAUUCCUCAGGAGAUUACAGUAGUAUAUUCUAUUCCUUACCGGUAAUAAGGUUCUUCCUAGUAAUAAUUAAGAGAUCGAAACUCCAAACAAAUACUCGUUAUGAACAGAUACACAUCGAAAUCAUAAUAUUUUCAAAACAAGGGAUAAUUUCUGUAACAGUUUAUUAUAGAAUACCAAUGUAUAGCUUAGAAAUAAAACUUUGAAUAUUUCAAGAUUAUAGAUAAGUCUAAUUUUUAAACGCUGUAAAUAUAGCUUUUAUCCAAUCAUCUCUCAGAUGUUGUUAUUAACUCGCUCUGUGUUGUUGCAAAACUUUUUUGGUGCGGACAAGUUUCCAAAACUAUUGCUACGUUGUGUGCUUUAAACAAAAUAACAAUGGGCCGAUGCGACGUCGGCCUCGUGCUAGAAAAGACUGUGUAUCUAUCAUUAGCUAUAUGGGACUAUAUUGUAGGUUGUGUUUUCUCAGUAGAGAAGUGACUGUAGUGUGAUUCUAGGUAAAUCAUCAUAAGCAAUUCAUUCAGAUGGUCAAUAACUUGAAAUUUAUAGCUGUGAUAGGAGUUCAGAAAUUGGCACAUCCCUUUUUAAAAAAAGUCUGAAAAAAUACAACUCCUGGGAAAAAGGUGCUGAUUCUAUAAGAUUAUUUAUAUAUGUAAGAGUGCAAAAAAAAAAAAAAAAAAGUUUAUUUUCCAGAAAGUUUGUGCAGGGUUUAAGUUGCUACUGUUCAAGUACACUAUAUAUAUAUAAAUAUAUAAUAUAAAUAUUGUUUUUGCUGUAUCACAUUAAAGAACUUGGGCUUCAGGGUCAAAAGCCGGUCGACUAGAAAUAUACAAAAACACACACACACAAAAAAUGGAGAUGUGUUAAAGGCACACGGUGCAAAUUUUAGUUUUCGUUUUCAGUAAUUUUUGGAGCUGCAAAAGAACAAGUAUCUCAAGACUGUAAAAGCAUUACCUGAACUAGAGCUAAAAGAACUGCACGGGCUUUACCAUAUUGUUCAUCUUAAACCUUGCUGGAGAAGAGUUCUUACAAGACCACUUACUUAAUGUGAAGUGUUGGGAAAUUUUCCAAGGGUGUAUGUUUUAGCCAUAACAAUUUAAUUUCUAUUUUUGCUUCAUUUUUUAAUUUUUUCUUAUUUAAAGCAAUAUGAUUGUGUGACUGCCAGAAGUUACACGUUUGUUUCAAUCAGAUCAGAUUGUUGUAUUUAUUCCACUAUUUUGCAUUUAAAUGAUAACAUAAAAAGAUAUAAAAAAUUAAAACUGCUAUUUUUCUUAUAGAAGAGAAAAUGGGUGUUGGUGAUUGUAUUUUAAUUAUUUAAGCGUCUCUGUUUACCUGCCUAGGAAAACAUUUUAUGGCAGUCUUAUCGUGCAAAGAUCGCAAAAGGACAAAAAAAAAUUAAACUGCUUAUAAUAAUCCAGGAGUUGCAUAAUAGCCAGUAGUUAAAAAGCGAAACAGAACAAAAAAUACAAACAAACAUGUCUAUAGCUGUAGAUGGGCUUCACAUCUGUAUAGCAAUCAACUGUAUAUUUUUGUGAUGUGUAUCAUACCGUGUGCUCCAACCAAUGUCCAUUUGUGUAAAUGUAUUUAUUUUAUAUUGUAUAUAUUGUUAAAUGCAAAAAGGAGAUAUGAUUCUGUAACUCCAAUCAGUUCAGAUGUGUAACUCAAAUUAUUAUGCCUUUCAGGAUGAUGGUAGAGCAAUAUUAAACAAGCUUCCACUUUUGA